CAUUCUCCUGGUGGCAGACACCUACCUUGUUUCCAGUUUUCUCUAUUGCCCACGAGGCUGCAAUUAACAUCUUGGAACAUGUCUCUUGGAGUUUUUUACGGAGCAAAAGUGUUCGCAAACCACAGCUCUGAAGGAUGCAGAGGGCCAUGGACUCGCCCUGUCACAGGUUUUCAUCCUAUUUUCUGGAGGAGGAAACUGAGCAGACUCACAGAGGGCAGCAGACCACACCAUUCUGACUGCCCAGACCCCUCUCUGCUUGGUCUGAGAUGGAACCUCGAAGAUGCCAUAAGUUAAGGAUUCUCGGGUUCUGAGAGAUGGGGGGCGGGGACUGAGGAGGGGAGCGGGGUGUGAUGGGAGAUGCAGCUCUCAUCCUUAACCCUCUCCCCUCCCUCCACUUCAAAGAGGUUUUGAAAAUCAGGGAGAAAACGUAGUUUGACAUACAGGGCCCGAUCGAGAGAGUUUAAUAAACGUCAGCUAUUACUAUUAUUCUCUAGUUCGAAAUUCACUAGAUAUGUACAUACUUGUGAUCAGAACUUGGCCCGGUCCCCUGGGGCGUGGCCUGGUCGUUCAGGAGAAGCGACCUAGGUGUCCUGGGGAGGAGGGACGGCCCUGCCCACAGCGCCCCCGGUGGCGGCCGGGCGCUCAGCCGGGACUGGGCACGUGCUACAGGUGACGCACCUUGGGUUGAAAACCACACCCCUCCAGCCUCGAACCCAACAGCCUAAUUUCCCCGCAGGCCCCUGCCGUGGGGACCCAGGAAUUAUGUCACCGAAUUCUUCCUCACUCGGACACCCUCUUCCCAACCCCUGCUCCCAGGGGGUCUGGUCGCGCUGUGUCUUCCGUCUCGGGGACGCAUUAUCUCCUGGACUUUUCCUCCUAGAAAGUUCAGCUGUCUGACCUUUAAUUCCAUUCAACGACCAAAGAUCAAACCGUUCACAACAAGAGUGCUACGUCCCAGCCCCACCCCCAUGCGGGGUUCGGAUAGGACCCAGCCCUACCCCGCCCCCCGGCAAAAUUCCCGGGUCUCCCCCAGCCUCUCCUCCACUUCGAGACGCAGCGCUCAGCCCCUCCCUCAGCCCCUAAAGGGACCCAGGCAUCAACCCGCAAUUCCCACCCGACGGGGGACCAUCUCUUAUCUCCACCCCCCGAAGCCAUCCCAUCUCGCUGUCCUUUGGGGAUCAGACUUGCGAACCCCGUCUCUAGGGAACCCCCGGGCCGGAGCCCUAGGCCCCGCCCCCUUGGGAGACAGGUACCUGCCCUUCUCCCGGCCCCGCCCCCAACCUGACCUGGGCGGGGCCGCGCCUUUCUCGGCACCCGACCUUCCCAAGGCACUGGAGGCACCUAUGGCUGCGGCUGCGGCCCCACGCGGGUGGCAGUGGGGAGAGGCCCGCGCCGUCGACCGGGCGGUGAGGCUGCUGCAGCGCCUGGAGGAGCAAUGCGGGGACCCCCGGCUCACCUCGAGUCCCCCCUCUCUCCGCGACCUGCUGCCCCGCACCGCGCAGCUGCUGCGAGAGGUGGCGCAGGCCCGGCGUCGGGCCGGCAGAGACGGCCCGGAGGAUCCCGGAGGUGCCAGGGACUUUCUCGUCAUCUACCUGGCUAACCUGGUGGCCAAGAGCAGGCAGGUGGCGGCACUGCUGCCACCGCCGGGACGAAGGAGUGCCAGUGACGAGCUCUUCCGGGAGGGCUCCACACUCAGGCGACAGCUGGCCAAGCUGGCCCUGAUCUUCAGCCACAUGCUCACGGAGCUGAGCGCGCUCUUUCCCGGGGGAAAGUACUGUGGACACACAUACCAGCUGACCAAGGCCCCGGCCCACGCCUUCUGGAGGAAGCACUGCGGAGCCCGGUGUGUGCUGCCCUGGGCUGAGUUUGAGUCUCUCCUGUGCACCUGCCACCCUGUGGAGCCAGGCUCCACGGCCCUGGCCUUGCGCUCCACCAUCGACCUCACCUGCAGCGGCCACGUGUCCAUCUUUGAGUUUGACAUCUUCACCAGGCUUUUCCAGCCAUGGCCAACACUCCUCGAGAACUGGAAGCUCCUGGCAGUCAACCACCCGGGCUACAUGGCCUUCCUCACGUACGACGAGGUCCGAGCACGUCUCCAGGCCUGCAGGGAAAAGCCAGGCAGGUACCUCUACCCAGAUGGAAAGAACCGCAACCCAGACCUGACUGAACUCUACCAGGUGGAGCCCCAUCAGCGCAUCCAAGUGUCAGAGGAGCAGCUGCAGCUGUACUGGGCCAUGGACUCCACGUUCGAGCUCUGUAAGAUCUGUGCCGAGAGUGACAAGAAUGUGAAGAUCGAGCCGUGCGGGCACCUACUCUGCAGCCGCUGUCUGGCUACGUGGCUGCAGUCAGACAGCCCGACCUGCCCCUUCUGCCGCACCGAGAUCAAGGGCCGAGAGGUCGUGAGUAUCCACCAAUUCCAAGAGAGGCCAGCGGAAGAAGCCAGGGCCACUCCUGAGGCCCUGGAGUACAGCAGUGACCAGGAAGUGGGAGAGGAGGAGCUGGGGCAGGUGACCCCUUUACCUCCCCCACUGCCCCCCCGGCUGGAUCUGUUCCCUGACAGCCCCAGAAUUAAAGGCCAGCUGAAGGCGGCCUUCCCCAGACUUCGGGCCCCUCUUACUUUGCCAAGAAGCAGGACUGCAGCCUCAGUCCCAUGGGAAAUCACCUCCAGGCCCCAGGCCAGGGAGGGAGCCACAGGAAACUCCUAAAGGGAAAGUCACCCCUCCAGCUGCCCCCGUGGGGCCUAGGACCACUGCCCAGGCCUGGAGGCCAGGGCACCGAGAUGUGCUGCUAAAGGGAGCCCCAGGGGCUGGAAGGGGUGGUGAAGCAAAAAUAAACUGCCAAGCCUUUGCCCUCUGGUGUGUGGAGAAAGUGCAGCGGCCACUAGGGGGCAGCUUGGCACCGGGAACCGGCGGUCCCCACGGCCUGAGCCCCGCCUGACCAUAACGCUGGUGUCUGGGACCAGAGAGCCAAGAUUGGGGGGAUCAGCUCCUUCGGGUCCAGGAGGCUGGGCCCCCUGACCUUUCCUCCCUCGGAUCCAGGAGUCCCAAGUUCCAAAUUCUUAGAGAAUCAGGCAGCCAACCCCCUUUCCUCAUCAUGGCAAAAAAAUUCCUGCACCCAGACCUAGACAUCCAAGUUUUAAGUCCACUAGGCAAAAAGACCCCUCAUUUCCUUGAGAGUCAUCCCAUCCCUCUCUCUGUUUUUAGAGUAAGUGACUUCUGGUCCAGAGAAAGCUGAGGAAGUGUCUCCCACCUCAUCACUAAUCCCAGAGGGACCCAAACCUCCCUCCAAUUUAGUUGAAACCAGUCCGCUUUCCCCGAGCCCCUGCCCUGUGCCCAGCCCCAGGUUGGGCAAUGCUGGGUGUGAGGCAGUGAUCACUGUCCUCCUGGGCUCACAGUCAAGUGGGGGAGACAGACCUGUCCCCAGGCGGUGACAAUCAGAAUGGGCAAAACCGGAACGGGAGAGCUCGGGGGGGCUGCAGGAGCCCAGAGCGGGCAGCCGAUGCAGCCUGGGGGGGUCAGGGAGGGCUUCCAGGAAGAGGAGACAUCCAAGCCGAGACCGAAAAUGUCUUCCAGCAUAAAGGGAGCUGGAAAUGUGCAUCACAGAUUGAGUUCCAAGCAACAGAUGCCGCCUCUGGGGCAGAAAGGAAAUUGAUUGAAAGGACUUAGGCUCACUCACAGAAUCCCGGAAGCGAUUAGAGAAUCAGGAUUGGAAAGUGAACGGGAACGCUGGCAGCUGGCCUCCGACCAUGGCCUGGCCGUGAUCACGCCACAGAACCGGUCUGGUGAGGAUACACUGGUGCCUGAUGACCUCUGGGCACUAGUCAUCUGGCUGCCUCUGCUGCCCCAGAAACAGGCCGUGCCUGCUCGCUCUUGGUCGGAACAAAUCAUGAACACUUACUGGUGGACAACAAUCAUGUUAUCAUUUCUCUUAGGUGCUUUGGGCGAGGAUUUGGGGAAGGGCUUGGUCGGGUGGUUCUGGCUCAGGGUGUGGUCAAAUGGUGCAGCUGGGGACUGACUGGACAGGUGUCCCUCCGCAGCCUCCGCCCUCUCCGUGGGGUCUCACACUCGCUAGUUUGGGCUUCCUUGCAACAUGGCUGCCUCCGGGGACUCGGACUGCUUGGUGGUGAUUGAAGGCCUCGUGGACAGUAUCCCGGUCACCCCAGCAGAAAGCUUCCUGGCUUUUCUACCUCAUCCUGGCAUGCGAGUCACACAACUGGACAGAUUUGAGAGGAGGGGACACGGACGCCACUUUCCGGGAGCGUGUCAAGAUCAGAGGGUAGAGGAGCAGGUGGCAUGAGAUGAGAGAUUGUCGCAGCUCUCUUCGGAAAAUAGAAUUGGUCCCAGCGGCCAUAUUGGUCCCAACUGGUCCAUGCUGCUUUGGCGCUAUUAACCCUGAUUCCCAAGGAUGCGCCAAGGUCACCUUAGCGCCAACAGAGGCAGGCAACACAUCCAUCCUCGUUACCUCCAGCAGAGGACACUACAGGCUUUCAGACGGCCAGGAUUUUUCUAACUGGGAAGGGGGUGCAAACGCUAGCUAGUCCUCUCCCCGAGAGUCCACUACAGUCCACCCCUUUGAACGUUCCACGUCAGUCUGUAUCCUUCGUCCUGUACUUCCACUCUUCCCCCAAAAGUUUCUAUCUGACCCCUUGUCCAAACAUCCACACCGCGCCCCACCCCGCCACACACACACGACAACGCAACCUCUCAAUAACUACAUUUUCCAGAUGUAAACCUGGAACCAUUGGGGAGUAGCCGUCCCCCCUGAAAUGUCUCAUGAUCCCGUAUUCCACGAGCUGUGAACUAGUUUUAAAGUUAACCAUCGCACGUCACGUGGAGAGUAAUGGAUAAAGGUGGAGAAAAGACGAGGCUCUUUAACUAACAUGUGUAAGUAUGUGCAGAGAGACAGCAAAGAUAGAACUGGGAAAUUAAGUCAUCGAACUUGCAUUCGGCUCGUGACAAGCACUGUUCUAGGCACUGGAGGUGCAGUAUGAACAAAACCACUGGGAGCUUACGUUCUGUACAAGACAAAGGAUACGUAGCAGUGGUAAGUGCUGCGGAGAAAAACGCAGUUAAGAUAAUGGAAACAGGGCGUGGCUAUUUAGGGGGGAUGGUCAAGGGAAGCUCUUUGAUGAGGUGGUGUUAAUUUGGCGUAGAGAUUAGAAGCAGGUAUGUGGGAGGAGAAUGUCCCAGCAGAGGGGGAAGCCAGUGCAAAGGCCCUGAGGCUGCAACAGGCCUGUCGGUGCAGGAACAGCUCGGCAGCCGGGAGACCGACAUAGCGAGAGCAGAGAUAGGAAGAGAGGACGAGGGGGUCAGAGACGUAACGAGGACCAGAUCGGGGACCUGUGAGCGGUAGAGCAGACGUUAGCUUUUAUUCGGUGAAGGGAGCCAGGGGAGAAUUCUGAGCAGGAGAGUCAAACGAGCUGACUCACAUUUUAAUGGAAUCUCUCUGGCUAUUUUGUGGGAAUAAAUUAUAGGAGACAAGGACA